AUGGGUGGUAAGAGUGAAAUGUUUUCGGCUACCAGCUUUAUGUUCUUGAAGCCCGAAAAAAUGUGUUUCUUUCAUCUCGCUCAAAUCUUGUUUAGCAGUAAUUUACACAAAAGAAACUUUGUGCACUGCCAUAACGUCGUUAUCGAGGAAAGUUUCGACCAUAAGUGGCUUAUAUUUGUCUCGCUCAUGGCGCAAAAGUUUCUACAGUUGGUGGCUGUUCCAUUGAAAACUUUUGGCCGAAUCGUUGAGUUAUUGUUGAACUUGGCUUCCAAUAACUGCAAUGUCUUCAUGCUCGUAUUUAACUUUCUCCGAGGAUACAGAUCAUUGUUUCUACUUUUUGACAAGUUGACUGACCAAUUCCAAUAUGUGUUCGAAAGAUGUGAGGAGCUUGUGGAUAAAACUUCAGCAAAUUAUGUGUCAAUUGUUGGUCAUUUGGACAAGCGAGUGGAGUUAGACAGCAACAUCAAAUGUGAAGACCCCAAGUACAAUGCUGCAUUGUCCAUGAUGGCUUCUAAAGCAUCGUACGAGAAUGAAGCUUUCCUUCGGGUUACUGUUAAAGAUCACUGGAAGAUGGAACUGGUGGCAUGCGAUUACUACUGGAAUGAUUAUCAAGGAAAAGCUACAACUAAGGCUUUCAUCCUCUUAGAUAAAAGCAAUGACCACGAUACCUACGUUGUGGCAUUCAGAGGAACCAUACCCUUUGAUGCUAAUACAUGGUCCUCUGAUAUUGACAUUUCAUGGUUAGAGCUUCCUCAUAAUGUUGGAAAAGUCCAUGCUGGUUUCAUGAAAGCCUUAGGAUUAAAAAAAGGGGAUGUGGGUUGGCCUAAGGAAAUCAAAACAGAUGAGAGCCAUCCACCUGAAGCCUACUACGCCAUUAGAGAUUUACUAAAGAAGCAUUUGGAUGGAAAUGAUAAAGCAAAGUUUAUAAUUACGGGUCACAGUUUAGGUGGAGCUCUUGCAAUUCUCUUUCCAGCAAUGUUGAUAAUGCAUGAUGAGACGUUUCUUUUGGAGAGGCUUGAAGGGGUCUAUACGUUUGGGCAACCAAGGGUUGGAGAUAAAACAUUUUCCAACUACAUGAGAGAAAAAUUGAAAGAUAAUCGUAUUGAGUAUUAUAGGUUUGCAUAUAGCAACGACAUUGUUCCUAGGUUGCCAUACGAUGACAAGAACAUGAUGUUCAAGCACUUUGGGAGAUGUCUUUAUUAUGAUUGGAGCUAUAAAGGCAAGAUGGUGCAUGAAGAGCCGAAUAAGAACUAUUUCUCUUUGUCAGCGAUGAUACCGAUGAUGGUGAAUGCGUUUUGGGAGCUCAUAAGGAGCUUCACUAUUGUGUUUAAAUAUGGAUAUGAGUAUAAAGAAGGAUGGCUUCUAAGAUUUUUCAGGUUAGUGGGCUUAACAAUACCUGGAUUACCUGCUCAUCUUCCCCAAGAUUAUGUUAAUGUCACCCGGUUGGGAUCAAUUCACUCACAUUUGGAUUGA